CGAGGCAUUGUAUAAUAAUAGCCAAUACCGACGAUAAUCUGUUGUGCCGAAGGUUGUUGUAGUUGGCAGAUUAGGUGGCCGGAAAGGUGGGAUUGUACAUUAUCCAUGCGAACAAGAUGCCACCACCUGCAUCCCCACAGGCUAGCUCCCUGUGGCUGCCGAGACCGGGGAAAGUUGUCAAUUGACGCAAAGCUUGGAUUCAGGAAAUUUUCGUCUCUUGAGAGCUUCAUUGUGCCUACCCAAGCACAUAUCAAGGUGUGAUCAAUUGACUCUUCAAAAUGGCUUCUUCUCGCCUGUUAAAAAUUGGUCUUAUUCCUGGUGACGGCAUUGGCAGAGAGGUCAUUCCAGCAGGUCGCCGCAUCCUAGAGGCGCUCCCAUCCUCGCUAGGCCUCAAAUUCGAAUUCGUCGACCUGCACGCUGGCUUUCAGACCUUUGAGAAGACUGGUGCCGCCUUGCCGGACAAGACGGUCGACGUCCUCAAGUCCGACUGCCAUGGAGCUCUCUUCGGUGCCGUCUCCUCGCCCUCAACCGCCGUCAAGGGCUACAGCUCGCCCAUCGUUGCCCUGCGCAAGAAGCUUGACCUAUAUGCCAAUGUGCGCCCCGUCAAGACCGUCAUGAACGCCGCUAAGCCUAUCGACAUGGUCAUCGUGCGCGAAAACACCGAGGACUUGUAUGUCAAGGAGGAAAAGACCUACGACGCGACUGAUGGAUCCGGCAAGGUGGCUGAGGCCAUCAAGCGCAUCUCCCAGAAGGCAAGCUACCGUAUUGCGGCUAUGGCGGGCGAGAUUGCUUUGAGACGCCAGAAGAUCAGACAGGCGGGCGUGCCGAGCAUACACAAGGGACCCCUUGUCACCAUCACACACAAGAGCAACGUACUCUCACAAACAGAUGGAUUGUUCCGCUCUACGGCCCGUGAGGCACUGGCUCUCGCCAAGUUCAACAGCGUCGAGGUGGAGGAGCAGAUCGUGGACAGUAUGGUGUACAAGCUGUUCCGCCAACCCGAAGCAUACGAUGUCAUUGUCGCCCCCAACCUGUACGGUGACAUCCUGUCUGACGGUGCUGCCGCCUUGGUCGGUUCCCUGGGACUGGUUCCCAGCGCCAACGUUGGUGAGGGGUUCGCCAUUGGUGAGCCGUGCCACGGCAGUGCGCCCGACAUCAUGGGACAGGGCAUUGCCAAUCCUAUUGCGACUCUCCGCAGCACGGCGCUAAUGCUCGAGUUCUUGAACGAAGAGGAGGCUGCUGCCAAGAUCUACGCUGCGGUGGAUGCCAACCUUUCGGAGGGCAAGCUGUUGAGUCCCGACCUCGGGGGUACCGCCAAGACGGAAGACGUCGUCCAAGACAUCCUGAGGAGAUUGUAAAAUGGCACUGAUGAGAGCAAGAUAAAAAUUGGAGUGUGACGCCCUCGGUGGCGAGGGAUACUGUAGUGUACAUCAAAAAUAUCAUGAUUCUACGCCGCCAGCAGUUCCCUUUUAGCAUUGGACGCAAUCAGGACAAUCCGUUAGUCGUAUACGCUUCAAAGCUAUUUGAGGUAUAAUCGGCUAGCGAGGUACUAAGGAGCAUACCGUAAUAUCCUCUAUAAUAGAGAUAGAGUUAUUAGUCCUAGUAUAGGCAGCUGAGAGGUGAAUAUCUAUCCCUCGGCUCGUUAUAGAGCUUAGAGUCAACGUUAACGAUAAAUCAAAAUAAAUCUGAUUUAAUAAUAUAUGAGGGAUUCAAUCCUCUAUUGAUGACUCUGCGUAGAUCCUCUGUUGAUUGGUCUAUCUAUCUGCUCUG